AUUGUGUGCUUGUGUCAUGAUAACCACCAGAGGGCACAACAGACGAAACUAGAGCUUCGCCUUACCGUAAAACUGAAUGAUGUGCUGUACAAGUUCCUAAUCAGCAGAAGGAAGGGGAACGGAGUUGGUUCUGUGGGGUCCACCUCUUCGGUGUGGAGGUGCGGUUUACGGUGAUAUCUGUCUCUGGACUCUGAGGAGGAGGAGGACCAUGGUCGAACUGGAGAAGGAAGUGCUCCCGCUGCCCCCUCGGUACCGGUUCCGAGACCUGUUGCUCGGAGACUGGCAGACCGACGACAGGGUGCAAGUAGAGUUCUAUGUGAAUGAGAACACUUUCAAGGAGCGCCUCAAGCUAUUCUUCAUCAAAAACCAAAGAUCCAGUUUACGAGUGCGAAUGUUUAACUUUGCUCUGAAAGUGCUGAGCUGCCUCCUCUACAUUGUCAGAGUCUUACUGGACAACCCGCAAGAGGGAAGACAGGACUGUGUGAGCGGAGUAAACUGCACAAAACAAAACACAUCGUCCCGUCCCUGGAGUGAGUUUGACUGGAAACUGAUCAUCUGGGUGGAUAGACCUCUACCCCUCUGGGCACUGCAGGUGCUUGUGGCUUUCAUAAGCUUUUCAGAAACUAUGUUGCUAGUUUAUCUCAGCUACAAGGGCAACGUUUGGGAGCAAGUACUACGUGUCCCCUUCAUUCUGGAGAUGAUCAGCGCUGUUCCCUUCAUGAUCACUGUGAUUUUGCCUUCUCUCAGAAACCUCUUCAUCCCUGUGUUUCUCAAUUGCUGGCUAGCCAAACAUGCUCUGGAGAACAUGAUAAAUGAUCUCCACAGGGCAAUCCAGAGGACACACUCAGCCAUGUUUAACCAGGUGGUGAUACUCAUCAGCACUCUGGUCUGUCUCAUGUUUACAUGUAUCUGCGGUAUCCAACACCUUGAACGUGCAGGCAACAACCUGACCCUAUUUGACUCACUCUACUUCUGUGUGGUCACCUUCUCCACGGUGGGCUUUGGAGACGUCACCCCCCAAAUAUGGCCGUCGCAGCUCCUGGUGGUCAUCAUGAUCUUUGUGGCACUCAUUGUGCUUCCCAUACAGUUCGAGCAGCUCGCCUUUCUGUGGAUGGAGCGGCAGAAGUCCGGGGGGAACUAUAGCCGCUACAGGGCGCAGACGGAGAAACACGUGGUGCUGUGUGUCAGCUGUCUCAAGAUCGACCUCCUCAUGGAUUUCCUCAAUGAGUUCUUUGCUCACCCCCGACUACAGGACUAUUAUGUGGUGAUCCUUUGCCCAGCAGAGAUGGAUGUCCAGGUUAGAAGGGUCCUUCAUGUCCCCCUGUGGGCCCAGAGAGUCAUCUACCUGCAGGGUUCUGCCCUCAAAGACCAGGACCUAAUGAGGGCCAAGAUGGACGAUGCUGAAGCCUGCUUUAUCCUCAGUAACCGGUUUGAAGUCGACCGUAUUGCUGCCGAUCAUCAGACCAUCCUCCGAGCCUGGGCAGUGAAAGACUUCGCUCCAAAUUGCCCCCUCUACGUCCAGAUUCUCAAGCCAGAGAACAAGUUCCACGUCAAAUUUGCAGAUCAUGUGGUGUGUGAAGAAGAGUUUAAGUAUGCCAUGCUGGCUUUAAACUGUGUGUGCCCCGGUACGUCGACACUCAUCACCCUAUUGAUCCACUCCUCCAGAGGACAGACGACACCCCAAGAGGCCUUCAAGCAGCGCGUAGGAGCCUUUCAAGCCCUCAACAGGGAGGGAGGUGCAUGUUCAGCAGACCAAUGGCACCGAACCUACCGGCGCUGCUCAGCCAAUGAAGUGCAUCACAUUCGCCUGGAGGAAAGUAAAUUCUUUGGGGAAUACCAGGGCAAGAGUUUCACCUAUGCCUCCUUUCAUGCUCACAAAAAGUAUGGAGUAUGUCUGAUAGGAGUACGCAGAUUGGACACCACCAACAUCCUGCUGAACCCUGGUCCCUGCCACAUCAUGGGGGCCUCUGACACAUGCUUUUACAUCAACAUCUCCAAAGAGGAGAACUCAGCAUUUGUCAGGGGUCAGAGGGAGCCAUCGUGGGGCGGCACAGGAGGAAAUGCCAGGGGUGUGCACCAAACCAUCUACCAUGGACUCACUCGCCUGCCAGUCCACAGUAUCAUCGCCAGCAUGGGCACAGUGGCUAUCGACCUGCAGGACUCCAGUGACAGCAGCCCAGAAGGCCAGGACCAGGGGAGCGCCGGGCUGGGCAGCAGAAGAGGAAGCAGGAGCAGCUCCAGGACCGAGAUGGGUGGUGCUAACACUUUGGCACUGCCUGCUAUGGGAGAUUCAGCUGAGGAGAGGCGGCACAGCAUCGCCCCCGUCCUGGAGCUGGUGGACAGUGUCAGCAACCCCACCUUUGACCUGCUGGGUGAUCAGUCAGAGGAUGAGGGAGGGGAAGAGGGCAAGGAGGACAGUGACAAAGAUGAGAGCCCCCACUGGUGGGGACGACAUAGCGAGUGGGUGAAGGGAUACCCACUGAACUCUCCAUACAUUGGCAGCUCACCUACGCUGUGCCAUCUUCUUCAAGAGAAGAUGCCUUUCUGCUGCCUGCGCAUGGACAAGGCAUGUCACCACACUCUUUUUGAGGACGCCCGCUCCUACGGCUUCAAAAACAAACUAAUCAUUGUGUCAGCAGAGAGUGCAGGGAACGGACUGUACAACUUCAUUGUGCCUCUACGAGCCUACUACAGACCCAGGAAGGAGCUCAACCCCAUUGUGCUGCUGCUGGAGAGCAUACCUGAAGCAGACUUCCUGGAGGCAAUCUGUUGGUUCCCCAUGGUGUUCUACACAGUGGGCUCCAUUGACAACCUGGACAGUUUGCUGCGGUGUGGAGUCACUUUUGCCAACACCAUGGUGGUGGUUGACAAGGAGAGCUCCAUGAUUGCAGAGGAGGAUUACAUGGCCGAUGCAAAGACCAUUGUCAAUGUGCAGACCCUCUUCAGACUGUUCCCAGCUCUUAGUAUCAUCACAGAGCUCACCCACCCGGCCAACAUGCGCUUCAUGCAGUUCAAAGUGAAAGACCACUACUCUCUGGCCCUGUCCAAACUGGAAAAGAAGGAAAGGGAGAAGGGCUCCAACCUGGUGUUUAUGUUCCGCCUGCCGUUCGCUGCAGGGAAGGUGUUCAGUGUCAGCAUGCUUGACACUCUUCUCUACCAGUCAUUUGUGAAGGACUACAUGAUCUCGAUCACCAGGCUGCUGCUGGGUUUAGACUCCUUGCCUGGCUCAGGUUUCCUCUGUGCUAUGAAAAUCACAGAGGAUGACCUGUGGAUACGUACUUACGGAAGGCUCUACCAGAAACUGUGCUCCUCCAAUGGAGACAUCCCCAUUGGCAUCUACCGCACUGAGGCACAUAAGCUCCCAGUCUCUGAGUCCCAGGUAUCCAUCACAGUGGAGGACUACGAGGACACCAGAGAACCCAGAGAGCCCCUGUUGUCCCGUAGCGGCGCUCAUCGUAACUCCACCUCCUCGGAACCCGUCUCCACCUCUUCCCACUCCUCAGACCACCCGCUGCUCAGGAGGAAGAGCAUGCAGUGGGCGCGGAGACUGAGCAGGAAGGGAGGUCGCGGUUCCAGUGCGGCCAAGGGGGGUCCGGGCAGCGCGGCAGAGAGGAUCAGCCAGCAGAGACUGACCCUGUUCCGGCGCUCGGAGAGGCAAGAACUCAACGCUCUGGUGCGAACAAGGAUGAAACACUUGGGCCUUUCUCCAACUGGAUUCAAUGGGAUGACAGACCAAGGGAACAGAUUGUCGUAUAUCCUCAUCAACCCUUCUCCAGACACCAGAUUGGAGCUGCAUGAUGUUGUGUACCUGAUAAGACCAGACCCCCUCUCUCAGGUACCCAAUCAGGGCAGCAACAGGAAGUGCAGCGCCGGGCUCUCAGAAAGCCACAGGUUUGAUAUGCAGGACAGCACUCAUCUGUGAGAGACAGAAAAAGGAGAAAAAAGACAAAUAUCCUGUCAAAACACUGUCGAGAGGGAGGGAAGUAAAAUCAAGAAGAGACAUUAAGGGGCGCAGACAGAUGACACAUGGUCCUCGCGUUUUUUCCACAUUCAGCCUCUUUGAACUCAGAGGUUCUGGACAUGCAUGGACCUUUUCUAUAACGAUAGGAAUGUUUUAUUGAUGCACCUUCCUAUUUUCAAAGCGGAGAGCUGCGGACACAGAAGUGCAUUUAAUUAAAAACUGUAUGUAUUUAUAUCUCUGUAUGUGCAUGUUAUGUUCUGCAUCAUGUAUGUGCAUUGUGUGUUCUGUACGUACGUACGUAUGUAUGUAUGUAUGUAUGUCUGUGUGUGAAUGAAUGUGUAUGUAUGCUUAUGAAUCAAGAGCAAGACACUGCCAAUUUUAUCCGGACAGCCAAAGGAAAUGUGCUGCCAAAUGAAAGAAGUCAAGGUAUGUUUUAAUGUGUGUGUGUGGGUGUCCUUCUCUGUGUCGCUGGUGCAUUUCGUCACACUUAAUGUUGUUUGACAUAGUUGAAAGUGACACAAUGCACACAACUUCUGAGGGUCUUGUUUUUUGUUUUUUUUUUCUUGGUCUCCUUAAGCCUUUUGGAAACUUUUUACCUGUUGCUUACACAGUAGUCAAACACACACCUUCACUUUAGGCUCACCAGCAGCGGAGGAAUCCAAAGAGCACCAGUCUCAAUAAUGGACAGUCAGCAUGCAUCAUCAGUGCAGGGCAUUCGGUCAUGUUGCUGUCUUAAGUAUUUUAUUGUCUUAUACGAGUUAGAUGAGUUGUCUGUUUCCCCAUUUUUUUCCUGAAAGUCUCUGCUUCUGUCAGUCAGCGUGAGCCGUCCUGCCACCAGCUUGCUUUGGUGACAUGCAUGUUAGAGAUGCGGGGUAUGGACAAAAUAACAGGAACGUACCAUACCAUAAUAUAAUGCCGUCCAGUACAAUAUCCCUGCAAUAAAUACAACUUUGCAAAGCUUAUAAUGUAACAUUUUCGAGACAGUGUCGCAAAGGUGUUCAUUCAGCUCUCAGUUUUGAAGCUGAUUCAUAAGCUCUACAUUUAAAUAUUUGUUGUAUUUAUUGCAUACUGCAAUAAAUCCAAGUCAUUGGUUUCAUAAUUAAGAUCAAUUUAUAUAAUUUGGUUGUUAGCCAGAAAAAAAAUCUAAUUUCUCUCUAAAACAAGUGAAAAAAUUUGCUUGUUUUUCUUCAGCCAAGUCUGCUAUCUAAUCUAUUUCAUAGAUUUUCAGUUGUUUCAAGAAAUGUGAGAUUUUAAUAUUUUCUGUUGAAGUAAAUAACUUGUUAGGGUGGACAUGUAUGGUUUGAAGGCCUCUGUAAAAUCUUUUGUCAGAAAUUCAGAAUGUACCGUUUCACACAGAAAGGGUGCAGCCAUGUGGUGGGAGUGCUAACCGGCAUCCCUGCCGGUAACGCCAGUCCUGUAGCUUUAGUGCCAAUAUAAAAGAUGAAAAUAUGUAUAUUAAACUCAGUCAUUAUAGAUUGUCAUUGCUUCA